AGUUUGAUAUUAAAUUAGACAUUGUUGACUAAAAUCAGCUGUCAUCUGACUUAACUUUUUUUACUCCUUUUAACUCAGUUAUUAAAAAGCAGUUAAGCUUUCACUCAAGCAAUUAAAAUUUAUUACUCAAAGUGUUUACUCAAUCAACACUUCUUAUCAGCAAAUCAAUAAGCAAAUGAACUGAUAAAUCAAUAAGUGCUCCGAAAUGUUAUACAUUUUAUAAUUACUUAUUAUUGUUAUUAUUUUUUACGAUAUUUGUUGGUAUUUUUUUUUACCAAUUCAUACAUUUUUAAAUACAGUGCAAAGUUCGAUUAAUUACAAUAAUAAUAAUUACUAUUGGUAUUUAUUAUUAUUAUUAUUAUUAUUAUUAUUAUUAUUAUUAUUAUUAUUCCCAUUGUUUAUUUUGAAAAAAAUAACAGGGUCUAUCAAUGCUCAAAUAUUAAAUAUAAUAAAACAAUAAUAAUAAUAUUUAUAAUUAAAUAGUGACCUAAAUUCAACCAAAAUGUCAGGUAUUUUUGAAAAUGGCAAUUACCAAAUAUCAGAUGAGAAUGAAAUGACGACUAUUGAUAUUAAUAAAGAGUUCUCAUUAUUAGACCACAUGGAAAUUUUAAUUGUCGAGUCGGAAAAACGUGCUAAUGGAGCACUCAAUUUACGAGAUUUUUAUACCGUGUAUUUAAUUAACACAAAAGUAACGGACCCAGAUUUUGAAGACGCAAUAACGAGAAUCGGGUCAUUGUGGCGUAGAUACACCGAAUUUGAGAUGUUAAGAACUUAUUUAGAAAUCACAUAUCCGUAUAUUGUUGUGCCAUCACUGCCAGAAAAAAGAGUUCUCUAUGCAUGGCAAAAAGUUACCACAGAUACAUUCGAUCCGGAUUUUGUUGACAGAAGACGUGCUGGCCUAGAGACUUUCUUAUUGAGAGUUGCGUCACAUCCAACGCUGUCAAAGGACAAACAAUUUAUGGGGUUUCUUCAGCAAACCGACAACUGGCGCGAAACCCUCAAAGACUCUAGUUACUCCCAGAUCGCAGACACAAAAUUAAAAGCACUAAGCGAUGCCGUCAAUUUUAAAAAUUCUGACAAACAAUUCGAGUCAUACAAAAUUUAUGCCACAGAACUUCACAAUAACUUAAACAAUUUUCUGCGUCUCCGUGCCAGGCUGGCGGAAAAACAGUACAACCUUUUCAAACUCCACGCAAAUUACGGGCGGGUGUUUAGCGAAUGGAGUGCGAUCGAGAAAGAAUUGGGCGAUGGGUUACAGAAAACCGGUCACCAUUUGGAUUCCCUGGCUGCUGCUAUUGAUAGUCACCUCGAAGAGGAAGAAUUGAUUGCCGAUCAAAUGAAGGAGUGGCUAUUUGGUGCCACUGCUUUGCAAGCUGUCAUAAAACGACGGGAAGCUUUGCAAUCAAGUAAAGAUGAAGCCACUGAUCAUCUGAACAAUGCUUAUGAACAAAGACAAAAAAUUGUUCAAGGAAAAUUCGGAUUGAUGUCAAGGCUCUUUGGAGCAAUUGAUUCUGAGGAAAUGCGUGGACAGAAAUCUAAUCAACUGGAGCAAAAAAUAGUUGUUAUGGAAAAUAAUGUUAAAGAAAUAGAUGAAAAUUUGACAUCUUUUUCAACGAGAGCAUUGUCGGAUAUUGAGAGAUUUCAACGGCAAAAAGAUAACGAUAUUAAAGAAGCACUUGCUAAUUAUUGUUUACUGCAAUUCAAACUUGCUAAAAAGGGCCUCCAAACUUGGCAGAAUAUCAAACAAUGCUUAGAAAACAUGCCUUGAAAAAUUUGAACAAUUGAAAUAAAAAAAGACCUGUCAUAAUUAUCAUGUCAUUAACGUACCUAAAGAAAUAAAAAAGUCAUUAAGUAUCACAACUAUAUUACGAUAUUAAUUAUGAUAAUAAAAAUAUUUAAAAUCACCCAAGUGAACAAAUAAAUGUUGUACAUUCCUUACUAUACGUAAUUUUUAUGCUCACGUACAAUAUUUUUGAAUAAUUUAUAGUUUACAAAUAUAUACAAACUAAAUUAUGUUGGUAUAAUUUUGAAGGUUUAUUAUUAAUUGUUGUCUAUAUUUUAUUGAAUAUAUUAAAAGUGCAAUAAUUAUUAAUAACGAAUAAAUAUAUCAAAGAACAAUAAUAUAUACGCAUAAACAUAAUAAUUUAAAGUAAAAUAAUCUGUAACA